UCUUUGUGUGACUAAACCACAAACCUAUCAUCCCUGUCUAAACAAUUAUAACUUUACAUGUUGUUAUGCACCCGUGAUCAACAGCUGGUUGGUUGUCAAUCACAUCAGAAAGCACUGAUGGCCCAAUCAGGUUUAUCUUCUCGGGGUGCAGCCAUGCCUGAGAUCUAAGUCUGAAGAAUCUGGUCUCGCUUGCUCAACCUGUUACUGAAGGACGGGUUAAAGACAAAUGAUAUAGAAAGAGACUGAGGACUCUGAAAGACAGAUUCAGGAAGACAAGAGGGAGAGAAAGACACCUUAAAGAUGUCUGACUGAGGAAAAUGGACUCAGUUAAAUCCAGUAAUCCAUCAAAAGGACCGGAACUGAGCAAUAUCAUGGCCCCAGAGGAAACUGCCCUCGGUGACAAGAGUGACAGACAGCGGGAGGAAAUGAAAGAGGCAGCCACAGACUCUCCUGAUGGAUUUGUUGCAGUACCAUCAGUCGUUCAGCGGAGGGCACGAGAGAAACACAGAUACAACACCGUAGGCUACCAGAAAAAGAAGCAGAGGACAGCUGUGGACUUUUCUACAGUGAGCAAGGGAACAUCUGCCGGGGUGAAGAGCAGAGUUGCAUUAAAGCAGGCACUUUUUAGCCAGGGAGUGUCUGACAAAAAUGGCACAUUUGAGGGGCAGGUGGAUGCACUGAAACAGGUUCUGGACUCUUUCAACAUACCUGCGGACCUGAGGUGGACAUGGGGGGAGGGAGGUACUGAAAGAACACUGGAAAAGAGCUGGACAGACAUAGUGCACUCUCAUGAGUCUAUGUCAAAAACCCAGCGACACCAGCAGGAGGCGCUGUGGGAGCUUCUGAAUACUGAGCUUACCUACAUCAACAAACUCACUAUUGCCAAAGAACUCGUGAUGGCAGCACUGUCACACUGUCACAGAUACGGAUUUCUUCAAGAAGUCAGCCCCACAAUGCUCUUUUCCAAUCUUCCUUCUAUCCUUGAUGCACAUCGACUUUUUUGGCAUGAAGUGAUAUAUCCAAUGUUACAAGAGGUCCGUCUCACUGGAAGCCCUUUUGACCCUCUCAGACUUGAGGCAGGAUGUUUGCAGUUUCCUGACCAUUUUCCUGCAUACUUUGAAUACUGUUUGGAAGAGGAGAGAAAUGUGGAGUUUACACGGAGACAGCUUAACACAAACCCACAAUUUCACACUUAUCUUACGUGGGUGGAGAAUCAUCCACAGUGUGGGCGAAUGAGACUCGGCGAUAUGCAGGCCAAACCACACCAGAGAAUCACCAAGUACCCUCUUUUGCUGAAAGCUGUUCAGAAGACCACAGAAGACCUCCCCACCAAAAACGCACUUGAAAGAAUGUUGAACAGUGUCAAUAAUUUUCUGGAAUCUAUCAAUAACUAUAUGCAACUGAGAGAUGAUACUCUGGCCCUUUCUGUCGCUGCUCAAAGGAUAGAGGGAUACAAGAUAGAAGGUCUGAGUGAAGAAAUAGACAAGCACGUUCGUGAGUUAUGCUGCUUUGAUUUGAUGAGCCCGGUGAGGGGGGUGGGACCAAACGUCAUACGGAAGCAACUAAUGGAAGACACUUUGAAGGUCAAAGUAAGAAAGGACACCAAGGAGCUUGUGGUCCUUCUCUUCACUGAUGUGUUGCUGAUGACCAAAAUGCAGAAGAAAUCAGACAAGCUGAAAGUAGUGCGCCCCCCUCUGCCUCUGGAGAGAAUAUACUGCAUUGAGCUCAAAGAUGGAUAUUCGUUUGUGCUGGUGGAGGUUGGUGAUCUAGGUUGUGCUGUCAGUGUGAACUUCCUGUCCACACCCAGUCCAGACAGCUGCGCGUCAUGGGUGUCUGCUCUGCGUGAGACUCAGGUGGCCUUAGAAACUUUGAGGGAAAAUGAGGCAAACAAAACACUGAAGACAACAAGUGCGACAGAGUUUGGUGAAUCAGACAGACCUCCCAUUCAGGACGAACUGUCUGUAAAAGUCACAGAGGAUCCUGAUGGCCAAUCAUUAUCUGAUAGAUCUGAUAGUGAUAUUGAGGCAGCUGAGUUGGUGAGGCCAUUUCCUUUCCCUAGGCGCAAGUCUGAGACAGAACUGUUGAUGGAUGUAGAGCAAAGUAAAGUUCAGCAGCUGGCAGAGGAUAGGAACUCUCCACUGAUUGGUCAACGGAACGAUCCGAGCCAAUCAGCUCAUGAAGAAGUUGCGGCAAAGACUGAUUCAGCUGGAUUAAAAACUGAAGAAGGGAGAAACAGGAAUUAUAGUCAGCAGUUGAAAGAGGAAGAAAUAUCAGAAAGGCGAGUUACAUGGGAACGUGGACGACGAUCAUCUGCAAAUGACAUUACACAACAGGACUUACCUGUAAGAAACCAGUCGAAUGGAUCAUACUCACUGUUUCCUGGUGGAGAUGUGGAGAAAAAUGCCACUUCUAGCCAAUCCCUGCCAAGCACUUCUGCAUCAAACAAGCCUCUAAUAACUGCAUCAACAUGUGGGGAAAUUGCAGAAACAGGGGAACCAAUGCAUCAGGAUUCAGAUGAUGACUCUCAAGAAAUCAGGAGGGACUCUUUGUACAGUCAGUCAGGAGAUGACGAGGGGUUCCUUACAGAAUCAGAGAGGUUCUCCAGGGAACUGAAGUCUCCUCUCAUUCGGAGGAGACGUGCAAAUAAUUUGCAACCAUCUGUUCCCUCUCAUAGUUCCAGGACAGAUGUGAACGGAUUGGAACUUCCCUCCAAUGGAAACCAGAGAAGAGCAUCCAACCCUUGCGUUAAACCCCAGGAUUCCCACCGAGUGCUAAAGCUGGGAUUUCUAAAAAACAACCAUGGAACGUUAUGGAAUGUUGGAAUGGAGCCAGAGCAGACACGUGAUGGGAAUUUUCAGAUGAAACCACUCAAACUAAAGACACAGAGGAGCGCCUCCAUCCCGGAGAUCAGAUCCUCUCAGAGUCCCCUCAUGCCUUCUCACAGAUGCAGCCCCUCGCCCCCUCCAGGCCUGGACCCCCAGCUUCACCCUUCUCCGCUCCAGAGCCUGCUGCAGAGGGUGAAGGAGCGGGAAAAAGAACGCGGACUGAAAAAAAGAGAGGGAAAGAUCGUAGAGAGGACUUUUUCUCACCAAGAUUCUCCUACUAUCUCCGCCUCUCCAUCACCGUCGGUCAGUGAAGGAGAGAGAGAGGCAGAAAGAGAGGAUUCUGCAGUACCCAGUAUGAUAUCUGCUCAUGGAUGGAGAGAGGGGAAUGUAGAUGGAAGUGAGGAUGAGAUGAAAGAGAGCAAUCAUGUCCUAGAGGGCAUCAGUGUGGACUGGCCAGGCUGGUGUUUUGAUGAUGAGGAGGUUUAUGACUUUGAGAACUUUGACGAUGAAGACUGGCUUGACAAGAAGCUGACCACAAAUGAGCCCCGGAGGUCAGAGGCGAAACCAUCAGAGAGGCAAUAUGAAAUAGAAUGUAGUGAGGUGUAGUCUAUUAAAUGUGUAGAGUUGUGUGAAAAGUGUUUGGAGAAAUGUAAUAUAUAAAGUUCUGUGACGUUGUUUAAUUAUUAUGUAACAUGACUAUUAUAGUCAAAUGUAUUUGAGAGAUACAUACAGCUUGCGAAAGAUUCAUUAACAUUGUGUCUAUUGUUAUUAUUAUAUUUACUUAAAUGUAUUUGUGUACAGAAUGUUUUCUCUGUAUAGCGAUAUUAAGAAACCUGUUUAUAGCUUGUAUUUUCUGUGCACAAGAAACUAAAAUAAAUUAA